AUGAACCUAAAUCAAGUAGUCGAUACUUCUCAGAUCGACGCCAACAUCAACGUCGUCCUCGAGCAUUUCUCCCGCUGCAGUGGGAGCGAUCGCAUCAGCAUACAUGAUCUCCGCGAUCAAUAUGCUGCGAUGUUUCCACGAGAUGACCUGAAUUUCGUCUUCCGCUACUCAGCGGUUGCUCAGCAUGCAAUCAGAAUGCAUUGCGAACCCGGUCGCCAGACUCAUGUCAUAGACCUUGAGGCUCCCAACAAUGCUCGAGGGAUGUUAGUUUAUCUCAUGGAAGCGAGAAUUCGAGCUCCUGCUCAAGCUCCCUAUCUUCCUACCUAUCAAAUUCAAAGUCAUCCAAACAACACUCCCAGAGACGCCCUUAUGGUUCCUCCUGAUCAUCGAGAUCAAUCACUUGACGAUCCUGUUGGUCAAAACCUCCUCACUCUUGGGACUCACGUCCUCUCACCAUUCAUCGGAGCUGGUCAAUCUCCUCCCUCAAAUGAUCACUUACGCGUUGAACCUGAUGUUGAUCGCUCACAGGCCCAUGCCGAUCCUAGACCUUUUCAAAACUACGUCGUCAGCGUCCCACAAGGUCCCGUUUACCCGUUCAACGCGUACAUUCCCGAAGUUUUUGAUGGUAGAUUCUCUCCACUGGCCAUUGAAGUUCACGAGAUUGCCCUUUUUUAUCGAAAACAUAUCAAGGAAUCUUGUAUCAAUUUUAUUAUAUCUCACAACAAACCGGCCGAUUUCCCGCCGUCCCUGGUUAGAACUCUUCUCGCGUAUUCCUAUGUUGAUCUUCGUCAGCUCUAUGCUGAACAAGCAAUAUACGACCUCAUCGCUACAAUCAAAUUUGCCUACAUGGCCGCUUUCCACCCUGCUCUGACCUCAAUUCGUAAUUAUUUCGAUCACAUCAUCAACCUCACGAAAUCAAGAAGGACUGAUGUCACCUUCUCUAACAUUGAGCGAUACGACCAAGCCUGCCGUCUCGAGUUUGCUAGCCAGCCCAAUUUAAUCUGGGGUGACUACAAGGCUCGAGCUCUCAAAGGCUUUGAAAAUAAAUUCCUUUACACGCACGAACUCCCUAUCUCAUAUCGUGACGAGAGACCAUCUAUAACGGAAUCUUCCAGACACGGGACCCCUCAAGCUUCCACUUCUUCAUCCUUCCAGCCUAGUGAGCCCAUCAAAAAGCCUAACAAGCCCAUCAAGAAGCCUAGCAAGCCCAGUAAAAAACCUUACAAAAAGUCUAGCAAAAAGACUUACAAAAAGCGUCCUACGUAUCAUCUCGCUGAAGUGGAUCAACCUUGUUUUGGUUGGAACCAGGGUAACUGUGCUCCUAAGUCUGGUGUACCUUGCAAGCGUGUACAUGGAGUUUGCGAUGCCCUCAACUGCUACGAAAAUCAUAGAGGCAGGAAAAACCAUUGA